AUGGUUGAUACCGUGCGAGGUGGUCAGCACUUGUUUUAUGAGGGGGUCAAGUUUCGUUGUAAGAAAACGGUCCGUGAGAAGAAGUAUUGGAACUGCGUUGUUGCUGCCUGCAGAGUGUCGUUGAUCACUGAAAACGGCAUUCUUCAAGCGGCUUUGCAGGUGAACCAUACCCACCAACCUAUCCCAUAUGAGAUGGAAGUGGAAUCGUUCAAGUCCAAGCUCAUCCACCGUGCUAAGACGGAAACAACGCCGAUUCCAACCAUAUACGGAGAUGAGAUUUCCAGACUUCGCCGCCACCACGACGUAGUUCAAGACGACCUGCUUAAGGAAAUUCCUUCCUUUGCAUCCCAGAGCAUAAAUACCAUUCUGUACUGACAACGCCACAAGACCCUUCCCAAACUUCCUGCUACCCGACCUGAGAUUCAUCUUGAAGGACAGUGGACAUUGACCGAAGCAGGAGAACACUUCCUUCAUCGCAUCGACAACGACAUUCUCAUCUUCACCACAAGCAAGAACACUGAGCACCUGUGUGCAGCAGAUGAAGUGUUUGGUGACGGCACCUUCUCCUCGGCUCCACGACUGUUUGAGCAGAUCUACACACUGCAUGCUGAAUUCCAAGGCCACAUGUUCCCGCUUGUGUACUGUCUGCUCCCGAACAGGUCCGAAGAUACGUACACCAGGACAUAUGAACAUUUACGUCUAAUGGCUCAACAGCAGAAUUAUAACUUUAAUCCAACGCUAUUUCAAAGAGAACAAUCCAACGUAGAAGUCGCCAAUCAACGAAUUGAAGCCCACUGGUAAGCACCUACCAGAAAGAGAAGAUACCGGCUGAUUGACAACCGUCUUCAGGCUCUGAAAGACAAUCUCCUCAACAACGUCAUCGACGAAGUUGAGUACACAGAUCACGUUGGUGACCUGAUCCACUUGGAGUGAAUGACUUGAACACAACGUGUAUGCCAGUGCAACCGCAAAUUUAUUAUAGAAUGUAUUUAUGUCUUUACCAUUAUAUUUUAAGAUAUAAGUUAUUGUUGUUUUUGUAGAAAUUAUAAUGUACAUCUAUGAAAUAUUAAAGUAUUAGAGUUAUGAAAUUUGUUAAAUGUAAGUUAAGUACUUUUGUGCAACUAUACUAUACUUCAGCAUCUAAUAAAUUACUACUGUGAUUACGGUAUACGCAUUUCUGUGUUUUUCUUGUAAUUUGAGAGUCCCGGUAUAGCAAUAUCCCGUGUUUACUGUAGCGUUACCAGUCUUACUGUAGCUUCACGAAAGCGAAGAGAUUUUAGAGUUGAUUAUGGCUAGGUUUCGCUCUUCCGGCC